GCCCAUUGCCCAUCUUGUGUCAUUUUUGUGACUCAGUUGCCCCUCCCCCUCCAUUGAGGAAAUUAUAGUUGAUCUAGUUAACAGAGCUUCGCUACUUUUUUUUUUUUUAACACUAGAAGUUCUAUUAACAAACACAUACCCAACCCAAUUCAUCUCUGCGGCAAGGAUUGCGAUUAUGAGUGACUCAAAUCAAAAGCCCUCCCUGCUCCCUGAAGCGGGAAAACGAAAUAUUUUAAUCACCAGCGCUCUACCAUACGCCAACAACGUCCCACAUCUUGGCAAUAUCAUUGGUAGCGUCCUUUCUGCAGACGUCUUUGCUCGUUUCUGCAGAGCACGCGGUUUACCAACGUUAUACAUCUGCGGUACUGACGAAUAUGGUACGGCCACCGAAACACAAGCGUUGGCAGAAGGUGUAGAUCCAGCGACAUUAUGUUCCAAGUACAAUGCUAUCCAUCGUGAAAUAUACGCCUGGUUCAAGAUCGACUUUGACCACUUCGGUCGUACUCCAACUCCUCAGCACACUGAGAUCGUCCAAGAGAUGUUCACUCGACUUUGGGAAAAUGGCUUCAUUGAGCAACGAGAAACCGAACAGGCUUACUGCCCCGCCCACUCCUCCUUUCUGGCUGAUCGCUUCGUCGAGGGCGAAUGCAGCCUGUGUCAUGCAGCAGGUGCUCGUGGAGAUCAGUGCGAUGCCUGCGGAAACCUCCUGGACCCCCUGGAACCGGUCGAGGAUACUAAAGCCGAAUCAGGAGAGGAUAGGAAAGCCACUGGCUGGCUAAUAAAUCCGCGCUGCAAGCUCGAUGGCGCAACACCUGAGAGACGAAAAACAAAGCACCUCUAUCUCCGCUUAGAUGCUCUGCAACCAGAGAUCAAGUCUUGGCUCGACAACGCUAGUAAUAGCCAAGAGUGGAGUUCCAAUGCUAUAGCCAUCACUCAAUCGUGGAUUCACGACGGGCUCAAACCACGUAGUAUUACGAGAGACCUCAAAUGGGGUGUACCAGUGCCCACCAAUCUACCUGGACUUUCGAAGGAUGACUAUGAAAAGAAGGUUUUCUAUGUGUGGUUCGAUGCCUGCAUCGGCUACCCCUCGAUCACGAAAUCCUAUACAGAUAGAGAUGACCCGUCUGGUAAGAACUGGGAACAGUGGUGGAAGAACCCUGAUAAUGUCUCGCUUUACCAGUUUAUGGGGAAGGAUAACGUCCCGUUUCACAGCAUUAUUUUCCCCGGAUCUCAGCUUGGCACGAGAGAAAAAUGGACUCAAGUCACCAAGCUGUCAACCACAGAAUAUCUUAACUAUGAAGGGGGAAAGUUCAGCAAAUCUAAAAGCGUCGGCGUGUUCGGAAAUAGCGCCAAAGACACCGGUGUGGCAGUCGAUGUAUGGAGAUAUUACCUGCUCUCUAGACGUCCAGAGACUAGUGACUCCGAGUUCAGCUGGCGGGAAUUCGUUGAUGCCAACAACAACGAUCUAUUGAAAAACCUCGGCAACUUCUGUAAUCGCGUUGUCAAAUUCUGCCAGGCAAAAUUAAACGCGGUAGUACCCGACUACAGAAGUUACAAUGACCCCAGCGGUGCUCUACAGCAGCAUAAGGAGGAAGUAAAUGCUUUACUUCAAACUUACAUUGCCAACCUCAAGGCUACCAAAUUGCGCGCUGGUCUUUCCACAGUUCUUAGCAUAUCUGCCUUGGGAAAUAAGCUCCUUCAAGACAACAAGUUAAGCAACCAGCUUCUCACCGAAGACCCAGACCGCUGUGGCGCUGUUGUUGGUCUUGCUCUUAACCACCUACACCUCCUCGCCACCAUCGUGUUCCCCUAUAUGCCAGAUACCGCCAAUGCCAUUCUCGAACAGAUAGGUGUUCAGGGCUCCGGAAAUGAUCGAUUCCUCAUCCCUGACACUUGGACGGCUGAUGUCAUCCCGCCCGGCCAGGCGCUUGGAGAACCGAAACUACUUUUCACCCUUAUUCCCUCGGAGAAGGCGGAUGAAUGGCGCGAGGCCUUCGGUGGUGAAGAGCUCCGAAAGCAAAAGGCUAUAGAGCAAGAGAAGGCCGCUGCCAAGAAAGCCGCAAAGGAGAAAGAGAAGGAACGCAAGCGGCUUAAGAAGUUAGGCCUUGCAGGUGACGCCAAGAGCGAAUCACAGGGACCAACCGAACAACUGCAGAAGCUCAGUAUUUCUGACGGCGCGGGUCGUCAACCUUCUCAAGAGAAGCCCAAUUAAGUAAAAAGUUUGAGGUUCCUUGAGAAUAUCUUUCUUCAAAGUGCGAUGUUUGUAGGGCGCUGGUAUAGAGGUUUCUGCAGAGACGCCCUGAGUUUAGCGGUGCAGUGUGUGGGUGACUACCUAAGGUGAAGAGUUGCGAGUUACCUCAUCUAAGCAAAGAAAUGCGAAUCGUCAUGGGUUAAAAUAGUUGUUUGAUUUUAUGUAUUUUUCAACUGCCUUUAAGCUACCCGUCUAGAGUACGUACAUGGACAGAAUGUUUUGAUUACCUACAUGGUAUUGAAUUCAACUGCAUUUAUGCCACGUUGGCUAUACCUCGUUUUCAGUAACCCCGCUCUUUACCAUAUGCUAGGUAUGUACCUAGUCGUCUAGGGAUGAAAAUGGGUAGUAAUACCAGGUAUCUUAUUGUCUUCAGGAAGUUAGGAUGGAGUUACUAAGGUAGGUACCUAUCUUCAAUGAUAAUUGGAUGUCUCAAGGGCUAUACAGUUUACUAAUAUGGAACCCUCUGCGUCCAAGACAAGAGGUUGUUAUAAUAGGCAGCCUCUUGGAGCAAGUUGAUAACAGCACCGCGUACCUGUGCUUAUUGCCGCUCAGUUUGUAUAAUAAGGCCAUGUAGUAUUUGAUGGCACGUCACACAAGAAGUCUCACCAUGUUGCUGGAGGUGUGCCACACUGGAAGUUCCUCCUUACAGAGUUCGAAGAAGUCAAAAUACCAGCCUCAUUGUCCUUAAGACCAACUUACUGCUAGAAGC